AUGUCGGCCGCAGAAGAAACCCCCAUCAAGCAGGAGCCGACCGAGGAGACUCCCGCGCAAGAACCCCAAGAAGCCCCGGAGUCUUCUCUCGAAAAAGCUCAGACCGAUGGCAGCGGUCCACCUGGAAACGGCUCUGCUCUGGCUGAGCCUAAGUACAAUGUCGAGGUCAAGCUCGCCGACCUGCAGGCAGACCCCAACAACCCGCUCUACUCCGUCAAAUCGUUUGAGGAGCUGAAUCUCUCCGAGGAACUCCUCAAGGGCAUUCGCAGCAUGAACUUCACCCAGCCAUCCAAAGUUCAAGAGAAGGCCUUGCCUCUGCUUCUGAUGAACCCGCCCACCAACAUGAUCGCGCAGUCACAGUCUGGAACUGGUAAGACUGCUGCCUUCUCGCUCAACAUCCUCUCUCGCGUCGACCUAUCGAACCCCGAGCCGCAAGCGCUGGCACUCGCGCCUAGCCGAGAACUCGCCCGUCAGAUUCUUGGUGUCAUUACACACAUGGGUCAGUUCAUGGACGGUCUCAAGACUAUGGCUGCUAUUCCCGACCCGUCACGAAGGGGACAACAGUUCAAUGCCCAAAUUCUUGUCGGCACACCGGGAACUGUUCAGGACAUGCUGAGGCGGCGUCUCAUCAACCCAAAGAACAUCAAGAUUCUGGUUCUGGACGAGGCCGACAACAUGUUGGAUCAGCAGGGCAUGGGCGAGCAAUGCACUCGCGUCAAGUCACUUCUGAACAAGGACAUCCAGACAGUCCUCUUCUCCGCUACCUUCCCACCCACCGUCAUCGCAUACGCCAAGCGCUUCGCACCCAACGCAAACACGAUUACUCUAGCGCACGAGGAGUUGACCAUCGAGGGCAUUAAGCAGCUGUACAUUGAUAUCGAUAAGGACAAUGACAAGUACGCGACAUUGCUCAAGUUCUACGGUCUGAUGACACAAGCCUCGUCCAUCAUCUUCGUCAGGACCAGAAGGACUGCUGAGGAGCUCGAGAAGCGCAUGGUUGCCGAAGGCCACAAGGUUGCGCAACUCAGUGGUGCCCUGGAAGGCCCUGAGCGUGAUCGCAUCAUCGACCAGUUCCGCUCCGGAGAGGCCAAGGUCCUCAUCACCACCAACGUUCUCGCCCGUGGUAUCGAUGUGCAGUCAGUCACUAUGGUUAUCAACUACGACGUCCCGACCAUGGCAAACGGAGUGGACGCAGACCCCGAGACAUACCUCCACCGCAUUGGUCGUACCGGUCGUUUUGGACGCGUCGGUGUCGCCCUUACUUUCGUACACGACAAGAACAGCUGGACACAGCUGAACUACAUCGCGAGCUACUUCAAGACGGACCUAGUUCCCAUCGACACAUCGGACUGGGACGCUGUCGAAGAACUGAUUCAGGGUGUCAUCAAGUCGUCGCGAGCGGGCAAGACAACGGAGGAGAUGAGAGGCUAG